AUGGAUAAACAACAAAAUUCCAAAUACUUCAAGCGUGAAGAGGUAGAGAUACACACUACAACUAACUUAUCAGCACCAAGCUUUGGAAGCCGUUUAAACCUCUCAUCAUUCACAUACUCUGCAGAUUCACCUUCACACUCUACACGACAGAGUUCCCGUCGGCUAUCAUCGAAUCCAUCAACCCCGCAACUAUCUCCCUCUCCCCUCAAACGCAAAAUCGAUAUAGAAUCCUCUGUAUCUGCGAACGCUUCGACCUCCCCGGUCAAAAAAUCCCGAACUCGACGCUCCACAGGCUAUGCGCCGCCAUCCCUCUACGCGCAUCUUCCAUUCCUCCCAGAUGUCGUAGCCCCAAACCUCCUCUGCUUAUUUGUAGGCCUCAACCCCGGUCUAGAAACCGCUAGAGUGGGACAUGCCUAUGCACACCCUUCCAAUCGUUUCUGGAAAACGCUAUAUUCUUCUGGCUGUACCACUCGUCUUCUGAAAGCGGAAGAUGAUGUGCGGUUACCUGAGUUGUAUUCUUUAGGGAAUACGAAUAUUGUGGAAAGGCCGACCAGAAAUGGGGGUGAGUUGUCCAAAAAGGAGAUGGAUAAUGGUGUAAGCGUAUUGGAAGAGAAAAUUAGGAUGUAUAGACCAGAGGUGGUGGCGUUGGUGGGGAAAAGCAUUUGGGAGAGUGUAUGGAGGGUGAAGAAGGGGAAGGCGAUGAUGAAAGACCAAUUUAAAUAUGGGUGGCAGUCGGAAGAAGAGAAUAUGGGGAUUGUGAGCGGUGCAGAGUCUUGGAUGGGAGCAAGAAUUUUUGUUACAUCUAGUACAUCUGGAUUGGCUGCAUCACUGUCACCAGCGGAAAAAGAAAAGAUAUGGAGGGAGUUAGGAUCUUGGAUCGAGCAAAGGAGAAAAGAAAAAGAUGGUAUACAUAGAGUGAAAGAAGAGCUUGAAGACAGUGGUUGA